AUGAAAAUAAAAGUAAGAACGCUUCAGAACAACGAAGAAGAAAUCAGUGUGGACAAUGAUGACACCAUUUUAGAUGUGAAAAAAAAGAUAGAGGUGGCAUUCCCCGAAAUGCCGUGCGAUAAACAGAAGCUCAUUUUUAGUGGAAAUAUAUUGACGGACGAAAGCAAAGCAGUGGAUAUAUUAAAAGAAAACGACAUAGUUAUAGUUAUGGCGUGUAAAAAGGUAUUUACUUCGACGAAGAACAAUCAGACGAAGGAAUCAUCAUCGACAAAUGUUUUAAAAAAUAAGGAAAAGACUCUUUUGCCGACAAAUUAUGACCAGAAGAAUGCCGCUUCAAAUGCAUCAGAGGAGGGAAGAGAAAGCAAAAAUCUCAAUAACGCCGAAUCAGCCCUAGUCAUUGGGGAAAAGCUAAAAGAGACCAUAGACAAUAUCUGCGCUAUGGGAUUCGAAAGAGAAGCCGUAAGGAAGGCCAUGAUGGUGGCGUUUAACAACCCCAACAGGGCGAUUGAUUAUUUGACAAACGGCUUUCCAGACGAAAGCGAAGUGAACGAGAUAAGUUCAAUCAAUACACUGAAUGGGAUGAACGAAAUGGACGCCGCGAACCAAAUGGACGGCGCCAACCCACCGAACGAGACCAACGAAACGAAUGAAACCAACGAGAACUCCUACGAAAGGGAAGAUAACGACAAUGCUCCCAAUUUGCCAAACCUUUUAAAUAAUUAUAACGCCCUUGCAGAGAACUCGAGGCAAUCCGUACCAGACAAUGCAGAUCAGUUUAGAAAUUCCCCAUUUUUUAAUAUCCUACGAGAUGUAGCUUUAUCGAAUCCACAGCGCAUUCCAGAGAUUUUAGAAAUGAUCGGAAGAACCGAUCCUUCCUUUUUAGAAUUUAUUCGAGAGAACCAAGGGGAAUUUAUAAGGGCCAUUCAGAAUUAUGGGAAUAAUGACCAGACAGGUAACACAGAAAAUGAUUUAAUGGCAGGUGAAGCAUUUGCCGAUCAAGGGAAUCAGAAUAUUACCGAUCCGAAUAAUGAAAAUUUUCAUAUUCCCAUUACGCCUUUAAAUGAGAACGAAAUGGAGAGUAUUAAAAAGUUGGAAUCGCUUGGGUUCCCGAAGCACUUAGCGUUGGAAGCCUUCAUUGCUUGUGAUAAGAAUGAGGAAAUGGCGGCCAACUAUUUGUUUGAGAAUAUGAAUGACUACGCCUCUGAGUAG